AUGAAGGGGAUUUUUAUUCAAAAUAUUUUUAUAAUAAAAAUACUUUUUAGUUGGAAUACUUCUUCACCACUAAAAAGUCGUUCUGAGCAGCCAGAUAGUCCAAUUAAAACAACAAAUAAUGAUAAAAAUAUUAUUGGACUUGAACGUUUUAUGCAGCAUUCAAAUGGAGAAUCAAAUAAUGGUAACAAAAUACAAAAUGAAGAUAAAAAUAAAAAUGAAGAAGAGCAAAAUAAAGAAGAAGACAAAGAUUUUCGUCAAUUUUGGUCUUCCAUUGAAAUUAAACAAAAAAAUAUUGAAGAAGAAAAAAAUACAAACAAAUCACCACCACAACUGACCAAAAUAAUUUCUUCACCUCCUCCUCUUCCCCCUUCACGGCCAACUUCUUCCGCUGAAAUUAAAAAUUUACCUUCCUUGUUAGAUUUAAAUCUGACACCCCCUCCAAGCUCUUCAAUACACCCUCCUCCAAGCUCUUCUGUUAAACCUUUUUCAUUUUUUGGAGGUCAAUUUGGUAAUAAUGUCAAAACGGCAAAUUAUGGACAAACACAAAAACAGUCUUCCCCAAUCCGCCCUUUUUUUAAUAUUUGUCCGGAAACUCCAAUUAAUGUUCAACAACAGCAACAAGAAUUGCUUUCUAAGGGUGAGAGAAUAAUAAAUAUUUUGUGAUUUACUUAGUUUUGGAUUUUCUGUCUUUGGCUUUCUGUUUUAACUAUUUUCCUACCGUAUCUCUUUUGGCUCUCUUUCCUUUUUUUAAAUAAAUGUAACUCCCAUAUGAAGAGUAAAAAUUUAAGACUUGAAGAAGACUAGAAGAAAUGAAGGAUAAAAUGAUGAAUUGAAGAAAAUGAAUCGGGAAGUAAAAACAAUGAAGAGAGCUGGAGAGUGAGAGAAAAGACUAGGAUUAAGAGAGACUAGGAUCAUGUUUUGGAUAUGAAU